UGCUCCACUGGACGAUCACCGGGUCGAGAGAGUAAACUGUGAGGUCGAGCUAUCUGUCUAGAUCUUGAUUUACACACUAAAGAAACGAGCUGGAGCUGUUUGGGAAUCAGAGCUCGGACGCUUGAACGCCACGUUUGUCCGCUCCUUGUCCACACAGCCCGGAAAGGGGGCUGGAGCAGGAAGCUUCCACAAGCCGGAAAAAACCCAGGCAGCGAGGAGGGAUGGAGAUAGACUGUCAGUCCGAGGAGGCCAUGGUCUCUUCAUUUGACGAUGACUGUGUCGGGCUUGGUGACGUCAAAGACAUGAGACUGGAGGCAGAAGCAGUGGUGGCCGACGUACUCUUUGCCGUCACAGUAAUGCACGUGUCAUAUAGUCUCAGCAGUGCGUUGGACGUAGCCUACAUCAACGUGCAAACGAGAGAGGGAAACCGGUAUUGUCUGGAGCUCACAGAGGCCGGACUGAGGGUGGUGGGCUAUGCUUUUGAUCAAGUGGACGAGGAUUUGACCAACCAGUAUCAUGAGACGGCUUACUCCCUCCUGGACUCGCUCAGUCCGGGAUACAGAGAGGCCUUCGGGAACGCUUUGCUGCAGCGGCUGGAGGGGCUGAAGCAAAGUGGACGAUAAAGAAACAAUAACCAGGGGACUUGGAUGCUACAUUAGAUGUUCAAGUGAAAAGGGGCUGACGAUGUUGGUGCAUUUGGACAUGAGCCAAUAAUAACCACAUCUGGUCCAAGAUUAUAGCCUAUUAUGUGACAACCACCUGCCUAGCUACCACUCCAAUAAGCUGUACCCUGCCCUAACAAGGUUGCUUUGUUUCGAGUUCAUAUCAUUGAAUGGCAACAUAUGAUACUUCAGAGUGUGCUGUUGGUACGGUUGCAACAUAAUGGUGUUGACCGAAACUGUGGAGAGAUCUUCCAGCUUCCACUUGUUACAAGUUUGUAACUGUGCAGGAAAGAAGCAGCAGGUUGUACCGGUAGAAGUUCCUUGUCCUCCUCCCCGUCUUCUGCCCUGCCUGCACUAAAACUGUGACCUGAGGAUCUCUGCUCUAACAUACUCAACUCCUUCUCAUUCAGCAGGUGUCUCAGUAAAAGAGCCAAAGCUAUAUUCUCUGCCUUAAUGAUCGACUUUUGGUUUGAAAAGUGCAAAAUGAACCCAUUCCUGAAAGGAGAUCGUUUUUUUGUGGGGCUGUCAUUUCACAAACUUAUUUGAAAGUUCUGAUUAUUUUGUAAACAGACACCGUAUUUAAUAUUUUAAUUUAAUAGGGUAAUUUUGUCCCUCCAUAUGACAAAGUACAUUAUAUUUCAAUUUUUUUUUCCCUUAACAUAUAAACUAUUUAACACAAUGCAAAUCAGUUUAUAUUCAGCAAUGAUUUCUGGAGUUUACUUUGAUUUAUUGAACAUGUGACCUGGUUAUGAUCCCGCCUAGGUCUUUUCCAAUGUACUUUAAGUAAACUUGUACCUUCCAUUCAGUUUUUCCUUGCUGCUGGCCUUUGCUCUGAUCAAUAAAAUCUCAGAAGUA